CGAAAACCAUCCUUUCUCUGACACCGACUUCCAUCUCUUCCUUCCCCAAGCCUAAAACUUGAACCUUCGCAGACAAAAAUGCCGUCUUUCUCCAACUGGGGGAGAUUCCAAAUCCAUCUCUUCUUCCAAUCCACCGUCGCCGCCACCGGCGCUACUGCGGCCGCCGCCCGGUGGAUGUCCCAGUCGACGUCGCUCCCCCGGAAGCUCCAGCGGGUCCGCGACCACGCGUUCGACGAUUUGAUGGAAGUCCAGAAGAAGGUCCGCCGCGCCCUCGGCCUCCAGGAGCUCAUCCUCUCCCACCCGGGCGCCGCCCUCCCCGUCUCCCGCCUCGACGCCCUCGCCCGCCGCCACCUCGGCCUCCCCCCCAACGACGCCGGUCGCUUCCUCCUCCGCCACCCCCACGUCUUCCAUGUCUUCGACCACCCCGUCCAGCGCGUCCUCUGGACCCGCCUCACCCCCCGCGCCGCCGCCCAGCUCCGCGUCGAGUCUGCCGCCAUCUCCGCCGCCCUCCCGGCCGCCGUCCUCCGUCUCCGCAAGCUCCUCCUCCUCGCCACCCCCGCCCGCCGGCUCCGCCUCGAACACCUCCGCCUCGCCCGCCGCGACCUCGGCUUCCCCGACGACUUCGAGCAGUCCGUCGUCCUCGCCCACCCUUCCUUCUUCCGCCUCGUCUCCCCCUCCGACGACCCGCGCUCCAAAUUCGUCGAGUAUGUCGAGGUCCCCGACCUCCCCGCUGACCUCACCGUCUGCGCCAUCGAGCGUGCGCGCGAGCGCGAGUACCGCGCCCGCGGCGCCGACGCCGAGGACGCCCGCUUCGCCUUCGUCAUCAACUUCCCGCCGGGUUUCAAGAUCGGCAAGUACUACCGCAUUGCGGUCUGGAAGUGGCAGCGGCUGCCGUAUUGGUCCCCCUACGAGGACGUCUCCGGCUACGACCUCCGCUCGCUCGAGGCGCAGCGCCGGAUGGAGAAGCGGGCGGUCGCCAUGAUACAUGAAUUGCUGUCGCUGACGGUGGAGAAGCGGAUGACGCUGGAGAGGAUCGCGCAGUUCCGGCAGGCGAUGGGACUACCGAAGAAGCUCAAGGAGUUCUUACUGCAGCACCAGGGGAUAUUCUACAUUUCCACCAGGGGGAACCAGGGGAAGCUGCACACAAUAUUCUUGAGGGAGGAAUACAGGAAGGGGGAGCUGGUGGAGCCGAAUGAGAUUUAUCUGGCAAGGAAGAAGCUCGCGGAGCUGCUUCUGAUGAGCCCCAAAAAGGCUAAUUUUGAUAGGAUGCUGACAAGUCUUGGGAGGGUUGGAGAUGGGUUUGGUGUCGGCGGUGGUGUCAGCAGGGAGUUCUUUGGGGAUCAGGAUGGUGGAGAAAGUGAAGAUGAGGGAAGCAGAAGUGGUUCUGAUUCAGGUGUCGAGUCUCAGUUUGUUGAGUGAAUCAUUGGAUUCUAUAUUGAGUUGAAGAGUACUAUGAUGGAGGCAUUGGAUGUCUUGAAUUUUGCCAAUAGAACACUUGAAGAUGAUUAUUAUUCGAUGAGGAUUCUCACCGGAAGAUCAGACAGCAUUGAAGUUAAGAUGUUUUGAGGGCAAUUUCCCUGUUCAAGUUGGAAGGAUUAUGUAACAGAAGUAUAAAAGUUGCAGGCUUGGAGCAAGUCCGUAGUUUGGAAAGGAGCCAUGCCAAAGAUUGUUCUUUUUGGUGUGCAUCUAGGUCAUGCUCUGGGGAUGUGGUCUUGCACAGGAUAAGUUAUUUGAAAUGAGUAGAUUGGGCUAAGGUUAAUAAAAAUUUGCAAAGGAGGGGAUUUGAUUGGAGAACGUGGAGAGAAGGUUACUGGAACCAUUUCUGAUUGAGUCUAUAUUUAUCUCUGAUGCAGACAGAGUGUUAUUGUAAGUUUACUGCGAUGCUAAACAAGACUCUGUCUCCUAGACUAUUUAUUUUGAUAGGUCUAAAUUACCUAUUCACUGUUAAAAUUCUGUAUCAUUCAGCAUUCCUUUGUAACUGAAAUUUUUCUCCAUUCCUAACUUGAUUUAAUGAAAGAAAUUAGUUGAUUUGCAUUA